CACUUGUCCAGCAGGUGGCGGUAUGCGGCAUCUAGCCGCCGAGCUGCCAUCACUGAUGGUAAGCACUGAAAAAAAAGAUAGAAGAAGAAGAAGUCGUGGCGCAACAUCAGCUAGCUAGCAGAGACAGCAGAGUUAGUUCAUGACGGGCUGCUGUCACCGACAAUAACGCAACAACAUAGCUUCAUCAACCCUUCACCCUGGUUUUCUUAUGACAUCCUUCAAACCCGGGGGCCACAUCGCAUUAUGUUUGAGGAUCCUGAACUCCAAGAUCCAUUGUCACUGAGUCUAAAUGAAAGCUAUGAUGACCAGAAUUUGCCACGUCAUGAUUCAAAAAAAGCACCCGCAAGCCCUGAUUAUAAUUGUGAGACACCAGAGAUUCGAGUAAUCAUUAAAGAGGAAGAGGAAGGCUGGACUGUGAGUGAAAAUCAUGACAGCUUCAGCUCAGAGGGAGAGAAAGAGGAUACUUGCACAAGCACUUGUCAUCCCAACCUCAAAGCAUGUGGGAUAGAGAGCUCCAUUUUAUAUGGAGAAAAGAGACAGCAGAGGGUGUAUUUGGUGGAGGAAUGCUCCGAGGAGUCUAGUGGCCCCGCUCUCUACGGGCAGAGCUCCUCUGCCAGAGAGGGGCGGCAGAGACACACGCUCAUGGACUCUGAUGAGAAACCUAAGAUUUCCUGUACACGCGAAAACGCGCCAGGAAAAGUGACUCAGUGCAAUAACACAGGAGAGAAACCCUUCUCCUGUCCAGUACGUGACGCAACCCCCGUUCACAAAAGGAACAUGAAGUCCCGUCAGAAAGCACAGGAAGGGUUUGAGUGUUGUGAUGAAGAUCAGAGCCUCGACGUUAAACAAAGCACAUCUUUAAAAACAGAAGCAGAAGAGACCAAAAGAUCAGCACCUUCCCAAACAGACUCUCCUGAACGUAAGCUUGUGAUGUCACACGGACUCAAGAUGGCAUCUGCAAACUUAGAGGACCAAACGCUGCAUUUGACUGUCAGACUUCAGGCAGGAGAGGAAGAGGAUGAGGGCGAAGAGGAAGAAGAAGUGGAACAAGAUGAAGAAAUUGGUGGUUUAAUCAACUCUGAUGGAGAAGUGGUUGAAUGGGAUGCAAGACACAGUCCCGACCAAGGCUCUGAUUGCACAGAAAGUUCUCAGCCUAGCAAGGGUGUCCUCCAGUCCGAGUCUCAGCUGCAAGGCCAAAGCCAGAGAGACGGCAGUAGUCCAACACUCAUCAUGGAAGUUGUGUCUGUGGGGGAAGAUGAAGAAAGGGAGGAAGGGGAGGAGAAAGAGAGAGUAGUAAAGAUGGCAACUGCCUCGCCUUUAUAUCGUGGAAAAAGACACAGAAGAAAGAAGAAGGUUCCCGAAAUAACAGUGGUAUCAGUGGACGUCUCAGACGCAGAGAAAGAAGUUACUGCAAAACCUGUCAAAAGAAGGGGCAGGAGAAAGAUUUCAGAAGUGCCAGUGGUGUAUGCUGAAGACCAAGAUGAAGAGCCCGGAAUAUCAAGGCGCACCCGAAGAAGAAGGAAUGUCCCUAUCAUCAUAGAAUCAGAAGAAACACACUCAAAAACUGUCCGCCGGGCUGCUGGUAUGACAAGAAAAACAAAACGACCUUACAGAAGAAGAAAAGAUACCAAACAAUCUUCUGAAGGAGAAGGAGGAAACAUGGAUGUUUCUACUGUGAAGAAACGCCCUGGCAGAAAGAUGAUUCGUGUUCCAAUAGAAAUACCUCCUGAGCUCCUGAAGAAGCCCAAAGAGAAGAUGGAGUACCACUGCUCAGUGUGCGGCAAAGAAUUCCCUCACGCCUACAAGCUGGAGCGGCACGAGCUGAUCCACACGGGAGAGAAACCUUACUGUUGCUCCAUCUGUGGUCGGGGUUUCAACCAGAAAGGAAAUCUCAAAACGCACUACAAAGUCCACUUUGGUCGUAAGGGCGCUGUGGAUUUUGAGGAUGAGGUGAACCCCAAAGAGACAGAACUCUCUGAAUACUUAAAGUCUCUACCGGGGGAGUCCAAAAUCAGAUCAUUCCUCCGUUGCCUGGAAUGUGGAAAAGAGUGUGAGAGUCAUUCAGCUUUACAAGCACACCACAUCACCACGCACGCAGAAACAGCCGGCGAAUCAGAUGCAGUAGAGCACAGCGCGUCAGACCUUCUCUUCUGCCGCCGCUGUGGCAUUCAGUUCAAUGAAAAAGAAAAGCUUGAAGAACAUAUGAAAACCCACGUCAAGGAGAAGCCCUACUCGUGUCCCGACUGUGGCAAGAAGUUUAUCAAUGAAAGCUACAUACAAAUUCACCAACGCAUCCAUACUGGGGAGAAACCGUACCUCUGCUCUCAAUGCGGCAGAGGCUUCCACACCGCUUCCUCUCUCAAGCUGCAUGAGCUGCAGCACUCCGGGGAAAGGCCGUUCGCUUGUUCCAUCUGUGGGAAGACAUUUCGUAUAAACUCAUACCUAACAGCACAUUACCAGACCCACAUUAAAGACAGACCUUUCAUGUGUAGUGUGUGUGGAAAAGGCUACUCAAGAGCUGAGGAACUAAAGGUGCACCACAGGCUUCACACUGGCGAGAGACCCUAUGAGUGCUCAGAGUGCGGGAAAAGCUUCAUCUACCGCCAGGGUCUGCGGCAGCACCAGCGCACUCAUGCUGGAAAACGCAUCGGGCCAACCAGACAGCUCGGUAGACCGAAGCAGCAGGCUCGGCUGGACAUCUAACGGUUGAUCUAUUGAUGCAUAUUUUGUUGUUGACUGUGUUUGAAGAUAUUACAGUAAAUUGCGCUUUAUUCCUGUUCUUCUUCCUUUCCAUUCCUCCCACCUACAGCGGAGACGAUAACUGUGUCUGAAAAUAUGCGCUACAGAGUUGAUGUGGCGUGGCCACAAAUAAUUGGGAAGCUUACUGUGUUGUCUUUCUCGUAAUCAUGUUUUGUACCCAUGUUUUUAUGUUUACUCUUCUCCAGUAGCCCAUCUGUACAAUUUGAGUGCCUUUGUAUCCUGCAUGCCAAAUACUAAUACUUAAUGUUAAAAAAAAUUAUGCACAAUAUCCUUGUUAUUUUAAAAUCCAUGUCAAUGGAAUACAGAAAUUUUUAAGAAACAUGUCUGGGUUUUUUUUUUACAUUUAAUCGCCUCGCCUAAAUUGAAAUUUAUGGUAAAAUACAUUCACACUCCUGUGGCACUUGGUAUUAUGAUAGCACAACAUACUGCACACAAAUUCCACCGAUCUAUAUGAAUAACUAACGUGUUCUUAAAGUGAUAAUCUAUAUAAAAUAUUUCAGUGUCAAA